AUGGCAAGAACUGUAAGGAAACUGAAACGAGGUAAGCCAAAAGAGUUAAACAUAAAACAGUUGCCAUCUAUAAUUAUAACGCCACCGGAUUUAGACAUGAAAUUCAAAACAAACAAUAGAGAAAACAGUGAAUCAACAAUAGUUGAUACUGCACUCAAUGAACCAUCAACUUCAACAAUGGAUUUCAAUGUGAACGAGCUAAUAGCUCAACUAUCCGAAAAUUCGAAAGCCUCGAAAGGUGAAAUCGAAAACAUCCAAAGGAAGUUGUUACACCAGGCAAAUCAGAUACUAAAAGUUAAUGCUUUCGCCAACCAACCUAUCCCAGAGCCUCGUAUAAUCGGUGCAAUGCAGAAAUAUAACGGAUCCAAUUGCAAUAAUGGUAUAUACGGAAGGCCGAUGUCUAUAGGGAAUGUGAAGCAAAUUAAUAAGCAAGAGGUCCAAAUGGUGCCCGAGAAGUUACAAGAAAACGUCAGUGAGGUAAACAAGGAGUGGACGCAGCGAAGGGUCAAUUCGUCCGUCGGCGCGGGAAGAGGUUUUUUCUACGAAACAAGUUCCGAAGCUCGAUCACUCGGCACAGGCAGUACGCACGGCGCGACCACGCCAGGUACUGCGUCGUCGGUGCCGCCCUACAGGAUGCCCCCGGCACCCGAGGCGGCGCUGCCCGGGGCUCCGGCCCCGUCCACGCCAGCCCCCCUACACACGCACUCCGCCAAAUUCCCCAUAGAACGUGAAGUUAUUCUCUCAACGGGUGACAAGAGCUCCAAGGUCCCGAUUCUCCAAGAAGCCAGGAAAAGGGGCAGAUUGGGGGCAGUUGCCCCCGACACACCCCCUAAGGCUCUAUCUGCAUGGACACACGCUGAAAACCAGCAAGCAGGUCCGUCUGGCGACUUCAGGCAGUACGAACAAAACUACGGGUACGCGAUACACCAGAACCAAACACCGAUGCCCAACCAAGGCGCGGUCGCGAGAAACAUCCAGAACUACGACUCACCAAAGCCGCCGGUACCAGCGAAGAACACCUACGAACCCGAACCAAACUCUCACAUAACAGUCACCGUCGAGACCGGUAAAGACAAUACUAGAGACGCCCCGAAAAGCAACAAUUCAGUCAGCAAAACCUAUAACACAUUAAAGGAUAUGAUAUCAAGCAGGUUCAAAAACAAAGAUGGCGUUGAAAGCGAUAAGAACGAGGAAGCCAGACUGAAUAAUAUAGAAGAGAGGAAGAGGCCGGAACCCGAGCAAGUGACGCCGAGGGAAACGCCGAGGAAAGAACAGGGGAUUUAUGGGAGGCCAGUGCCCCAGAAUCGACCGGAAAUGCAGUACGGUCAUAAUAUGGCAAAUAACAUGGCGACUAGCAUGGCGUAUCCAAGCCCAUCUCCUCAUAGACAAUUAAUGCAUCAGCAGCAGCAAAUAGUCCAACAGCAGAUGCUUCUCAACCAGCAGGCAAGGUCGCAGGAGAUGUUAGCAUCACCACACAGGCCGCAAGCUCUGGGGGCGGAUGCUCUGUACCAGCAGUACGGCCCUCCAGGGAGACGAAGUGCUGUAUACCAUCGAGAUAUGGAUGUUAGGUCAAUGGCUAAUUUCACGUCUUUGAAAACGGGCCCGCAACCACAGUUCGACAACUCGCAUUCAAGACAAGAUCUUAGAAGUCCUCAGCAAUUAGAAAGAGAGAUAGUUCGACACAGAGGUCUAGUAGAAGGGAGAAGGGCAGCUUCCCACCCCCAUUUACUAGACGAACCACAGCCACGUCUAGAAAUUACUACUCCUCAAAUACACGAUAGAUCUAGAAGGAAUAGUCACGGAAAUUUAUUAGACAGUAUUCCGAAUGAAAACGGACCACCGAGAAGUCAUGAAGAAAGAGAAUCAGAUGAUGGAGGCUUUAGAAUGAGGUUAGCAGCACAAGGAAGGUCAAGUUUUGAAGAGCGGAUUCGAACAAGUGGGCGAUCAAUAGAAUCUCAGCAAGAAAGAGGACAUGAAAUAUAUAGAAGAACACCUGAAGGUCAUAGAGAAUCUAGAAGAACUCCCGAUAGUCAUAGAGACUCAAGAAGAACUCCUGACAGUCACAGAGAAUCUAGAAGAACGCCUGAUUCCGUAGGGAAAAGGCAAAAAGAAUUACCCUCAACGUCUGUGGAUAUCAUAGAAAGGAAUGACGAAAGUGCAAGUCAGAAGUCAGUAGAUAGUGUGUACAAUUCCAAUGGCAAAUCUGAAACAUUCAUACCUCAACCGUCAUCAUCAAGACAAACUCCAAAUAGGAUAGAGGAUUUGAAAGCGCACGGUAAAAAAGGUGCGAGUUGUUCUGGUACUAGUUCAGACUACGACAAAAAUGGCGGUCAAUCUUCAAAUGUGGAUUCAGGAAGGGGUAGUGUGGCGUACUCUAGCGGUCGACGUCCUGAAGCCAGUCUCCACGACACUUCCGCUGAUUCAGAUGCUGUAGGCUCCAGGGUACAGCCGCAGCCUGGAACUAGUCAGCAAAACCCUGUACCAGCUGGCGAAAAUGAGUGGGCAGAUUUAGUAGAAUGUGAGCUGAGACAGAUCUUAGAGCCGAAACUUUCCAGUAUGCGGCUUGAUAGUUCUGCGAGCUCCGACGGCUCAGUAACCCCUCCUCUGCCGCCUUUAUCGCCUUCUUCAGAUCUGCAUAAACGGAACAGUUUACCAGGAAGAUCGGCUGAGUAUCCUGAAGAGAGACGAAGAGGCCGUGAGUCCCCUCGCUGGCACUCGCACUCGCAUAAAAAACACUCGUCUAAACGCGAUCACCAUUACAAAAAACAUUUAUUUGGCCUAGACACAACGGACAUGACAUCAACAACGACUCGAAGCUUGGACCUGUCAUCACUGUUAGACGGACGGACAGACAGCGACGCAUCAACCGGUGACGCUCGUGCGAUUCGACGCCAACUACGAGGCCUCGAGAACAUGUACGCGGAGGUGUUACAACUAUUGGGAGUUAGAAAGCCCGCAAAUUUGGCUAAACAGCCUACUUGGGAAGCCAGGCUCUCAUCGAAACGUCGUUAUGGCAGUAUGUCUUCCCUUCCCUCAAGUUCAGUAAGCAGUCGGCCGGUACGUGAAAAGCGAAGGAGUUCUAACGAACACCGGAAGAAACAUGAUCUCAAGGGCAUCAACAAGCGGUUUCAACGUCUGGAGUCACACGUGGUGACGUUGGCGCGGUCGGUGGCACACCUGUCGAGUGAGAUGCGCACACACCACCUCGUGAUGCAGGAGAUGGACAACAUACGCGCGGAGAUCACCGCUCUCAGGCACAUGUACAAAUCACAGCAGUACAUCAGGUCGGGCCACCACAGACAUAUGGACCCAUACUCGUUCAGCAACCCCGACCGCGUCAAGCGGCUCACCAAGUUCUUUGGAGACGAACCGCCUCUUAUGAGACUGUUUUUGAAGAAACUAGGAUACGAGAAAUAUGCAGCCCUGCUAGAGAAAGAGAAGGUGGGUGCCGCAGAACUGCCCUACGUUGGAGAAGACAAGCUGCGGGCUCUCGGCGUUCCUCUGGGACCCAGGAUGAGGAUACUGAAGGAAGCAGGGAUCCACCAGGAUCUGCACCACAUGACCAGGGAUGACCAUAAUACCACCACAACAACUUUGGCUAUUGUAUGAUCAUACAUGUACAAUUGUAGGAUUUAAAAUGAAGUUACAAACCGUAUUAGUGUACAAAUAUAUAGGUCUCUGAAUAAGUAUUUCGUUGGUGCUCUAUUCGAAUGAGUCUUAUCUUCUUUAUAUUAUAAUAUAAUUCUUAUAUACGUGCGGUAAUAGCGUAGCCGAAACACUGCGGCUAGGAAUCAAACGAGUUUUAACUGGCCGCUAACUUUCCAAAGUUUUGUGCGUUCAUUAUUUAAACGGUUAAGGAAGUCAUCGUAAGUAACCUGCGUGCCUGAGAGUUCUUUUAGUCAGCGUGGUGGACUACCGCCUUAACGAUUCUCAUUCUGAGACUCCUUUUGGAUCUGCACCCGUGCCUGCAUGCGUCGGUAAAAUAUGCUUGAUAAUGAUUUUAACAUGUGUAAGCCCACCGACCCCUUAAGCAGUUAUUGUUGGGCCUAAGAACUCUUAAUUCUAUUAGCAAGACAGUCUUGGCUAUUGGUGGGACAUAAAGAGGUUGCCGAAUAUGAUGUUGAUUUUCGUAUUACAAGAAAUUUAUCGACCUUUUUUAAACAUCAAAGUACAAUAUGCUGUAACGCAUAUAUAUGAUGUAACGCAUUUCAAUAUCAUUAUGGUCGCCAUUGUUCUCUUAAAUAAAGAUUGUAGUAUUUUAUUCUCUCUUCAAAUUCAACCUGAGAAACAAAUGAAGGUUAUAAAUUAAUUAUCUAAUGAUUAUAAUUUAAAAUGUAAAUAUUUCUUUUAUGUUGCCUUAUUAGGAGUUAAUAUAAUAAAUUUACUAAAAAAUAGUUAUUGUUAUGUUCGUCUAUAACGUUCGUUUGGUUCAUGAAAAUAAUGAAAUAAACUAAAUUGAGAACGAGGAGUGUUUUCAGAUCGUAUCUCAGGCGGUAGAAAUAAAUUUCAUCACCACUAGGUUAUGGGUGCCUGGUAUUCUUCUAUUAGAUAUUUUUGAUAUAGAAACCGCUCCCAUAUACUGCCUUCCCGCAAAACUACUAUUUGGAGUUACUCAUUUUUAUUUGACGACCUCCCUAGCGCAACGGUGAACGCUGUGAAUUUAAGUAGAAGG